AAGUUGUCGCCAUUCAUUCGCGCCAUUCUGUUCCACAAAGCAUAAUAUUUUUGUUAAAAAAAUCCAUUUUUCGAAGUUAUGGCAAAAGUUAAUAUAGUCAAUGUCGUUGUGCUCGAUAAUCCUUCUCCUUUUCUCAAUCCCUUUCAGUUUGAAAUUACAUUUGAAGCACUGGAGGAUCUUAGCGAAGAUCUGGAGUGGAAAAUAAUCUAUGUUGGAGCUGCAGAAAGUGAGGAAUUUGACCAGACUUUAGAAACUAUACUUGUUGGCCCAGUACCUGGUGGCAGACACAAAUUCGUUUUUCAGGCAACUCCUCCUGAUACAAGUAAAAUACCACUACAGGAUGCUGUAGGUGUGACAGUUGUGUUAUUAACAUGUUCCUAUAGAAAUAAGGAGUUUAUACGUGUUGGUUAUUACGUAAAUAAUGAGUAUGAUGAGCCAGAGAUGAAGGAAGAACCUCCAACUGUACCACAAUAUGACAAGUUGAUGAGAAACAUACUUGCAACAAAUCCUCGUGUAACAAGAUUUAAAAUAGACUGGGACGAUAACCAGAGCACACCAGUGGAGAAUGGUGAAAAUAUACCUCCAGCACAUAAUCUCGAAUCAGAAUCAAAUCAAAUGGUACCUUCAGGAUCUCAUGGUCUUGAUGAGAUCAAAUCUCAACAAGUUGUACCAGAAAUAAAUGCAGGAGCGGGAAUGGACGUAGAUGAGACGAGUGUUAGUAUGUCUUGAGAAUAUAUUAACAGCAGUGUGUCUGGUUUUAAAAUGAGACAGCAAGGGAUAAUUUAUAAUAAAGUUGUGUCGGCGGGGAACUUUGUGUCUUUGCUGCUGGGUUAUUCAGUUCGUGCAGUUAAUGGAAAGGACAGAUCUCAGUGUGUUUGUCAGUGUUUGGUUUCAGAAAGACGUAACAGCUAUGGAAACGGGAUGGUAUACAUGUAGAGAAAUUAUUUUAAUUGCAAAAUAAUUAGAUAACAGAGAUUGGUAUUAAAAAUGUAAAAUAGAUCUUGUUAAGAUGGUGUUUGUUUCAUUUGCAUUUGAUAGACUCUACCUGGAAGUAUGUUGUCACAUUUCUUUUGUCUGUACCAAGAUUUCUGCAAAGGGUUUCAGUCAAAUUAAUUUGCAAGAAGUACCUUAACAAGUUAAUAAUUUUCAAACUUCCAUUCAUAUUAAUAAAUGUUUUCAUAAUUUUACAGUUUUCAGUUAGGGAGUACAAGGAGUCUGAUAUCAUCCAAGGGUUAAAGUAUUUAGCAUUUACUUGUAUAACAUCUCAGAUAUUUGCAAGGUAGACUUUAUUCGUUGUUGUGAGGAAUAACUAUAAACUAGUGUAAAGUUGUACACAUUUAUUCUGGCGCUAAAGAUAUGGAAGGGGCCUCCAUGGCAGAGUGGUUAAGGUCACUAAUUUUGAAUUACUUGCCCCUUACCGAUGUUGGUUUGAGCUUCACUUGGAGCAUUGAAUUCUUCAUGUGAGGAAGCCAUCCAGCAGGCUUACGGAAGGUUAGUGGUUCUACCCAAGUGCCCGUCCGUGCUGAAAUAAUGCACGAAGGGUUACUUAGGGAUCUUCCUCAACCAUCAAAGCUGGAAAGUCGCCAUAUGACCUGUGAUUGUGUUAAACCCAACAAAAACAAAAUUAAGAGAAACUGUUGAGUGGAAGUUAUGCAUUCUGGGAUUGGUCUCCAAAUACAGUUUGUACUCUAGAAACUAUGAUGAGCAGCUGCAAUAUUAUUCAAUACUCUGUGGCUCCUGUUGAGUGAUCUGUGUUCAGCUAAAUAUUUUUUUUUUGGUAGAAUGUUACAAAUAAAAUGUUAGUUACAUGUAAGAAGGUACUAUCAUGGGUUCUUCCAGUAUGUAUGUUACCUUUUGUAGGUAGCAUAAGAUUGAUGUCUUGUAUUUUAAUAUGUACUGUUUUCAUGAACUUGCUGUUUAUAACAUAGCCAAUACAAGGUUGCUUGUAACUAUCUGUAUGCAUGUUUUUCAGUGGUAUUUCUGGCUACCGAGACUUGGCCAAAGCUUGUUUUAUUUUAUGAUGUUCGCUGUCAGAUUAAUUUAUAACCAUAUUUGUUUACCUAACUAGUGCUGAACUGCAACAUUUCACACAAAUUCUUUUGAGAAACUGAUGACAACACAAAGUUGGCUAGAAUGUAUUUCUAAAUUCCAAAUUUGAUAUCAGUUUUAUUAAUAUUUAGGAAUUAUAAUAAGUCAUAUAUAAAACAUUAACAUUUUCAAUAAAGUUGAUAAAAACGUGGCAUAGAAAGUCUAAUAUCACAGAUAAAAAAAUUAGUUUUAUAUUGCCCAUUUGAUUUCCGUGUGAAGAAUACCUGUCACAUGACAGUUGCCAUGGUGGGCAAAAUGUUUAAGACAGUGAUACCGACAUGAAAUUAUGUAGAAUUUGUCUUCAAAUCAUGUUGUAUGGUUUAAUUAAUGUUUUUCUUGUUGCUUUUUUUGUUGUUUUUUCACACAAAAAAUUAUUAGAAAUAUGUUGAAGUAAAAGAUGAGUCCAUAGCAUUUGAAUUUAUGAAAUUGUAGCAUGACAGAUUUUUGGCAUUGUUCAGGUUAGGUUUCAGUAUGGGGUUCAGUUUAAGCAUGGAGAUCUGUAACAGUUACUGUAUAUAAACAUCUCCGAGGCUGAAAUUUUUUUUAGUUUUGUAAUGAAUGUCACAUACUUCAACUGAUUAAAUGUGCUCAAAUUCUUCUGAGCCUGUAUAUAAUGUAGAUUUCCAUAUUGAGAAAGGGUCUAAAAAUUUGUUGGUUUUGGGUAACACCUGAAAAUUUUUAGGUAGGGUAGAAACAGAACAUCAGAAAUGUCAUUGCUGCAUAAGUCAGAUUUCAUUUGCAUUUUUUUCCCCAUUUAAAAUACCUCGUCCCACUGGGGCUUUUGCUAAGUUGGGUAGGUAAACCUGAAAAAAAAUUUUUUGUCCCAGUGAAUAAUUUAUUAUGGAUCGAGUAUUGAGUAACUUGAUCUAUCUCAUUUGUUUAAAUUUUGAUGGACAGUGUCUGGAUGUGCUUAAAUUUAUCUUGGUCCAUAUCAUGCAAAGGUAUUGGUAAAGGCAUUUUUUGUCAUUUGGAAUAAGUUUGUUGUUGAAAAGAUCAUUGUUUGAUUUAAGAAUUACUGGUAAUCUGUUUGUGCUGGAUAAGUGUUACAGUUGAACAAUUAAUAAGAAAACAACCUUGUGUGAUAAAUCCUUUUUGAUACAUUACCGGUAAUGAUUACAUAUUUAUAAAAUUAUAGUUCAUAGCCAUUUUAUUAGCUCACCUGUCACAUAGUGACAAGGUGAGCUUUUGUGAUCACCCUUCGUCCGUCAUCAGUUCGUGCGUCCGUCCAACAAUUUCUUGUCUGCACGAUAGUGGUUUCAUUUAUGAUUUUAUUUUAACCAAACUUGCACACAACUUGUAUCACCAUAAGAUCACGAUUCCAUUGUUGAACUGGCCAGAUCCCAUUAUGAGUUCCAGAGUUAUGGCCCCUGAAAGGGCCAAAAUUAGCUAUUUUGACCUUGUCUGCACAAUAGCAGCUUUAUUUAUGAUUUGAAUUUUACCAAACUAGCACACAACUUGAAUCACCAUAAGAUCUUGGUUCCUUUCUUGAACUGGCCAGAUUCCAUUAUGGGUUCCAGAGUUAUGGCCCCUGAAAGGGCCAGAAUUAGCUGUUUUGACCUUGUCUGCACAAUAGCAGCUUCAUUUAUGAUUUUAUUUUAACCCAACUUGCAUACAACUUGUAUCACCAUAAGAUCUUGGUUCCUUUCUUGAACUGGCGAGAUUCCAUUGUGGGUUCCAGAGUGAUGGUCCCUGAAAGGGCCAAAAUUAGCUUUUUUGUCCUUGUCUGCACAAUAGCAGCAUCAUUUAUGAUUUGAAUUUAACCAAACUUGCACACAACUUGUAUCACCACAAGAUCUUGCUUCCUUUCUUCAACUGGCCAGAUUCCGUCUUGGGUUCCUGAGUUAUGGCCCCUUAAAGGUCCUAAAUUAGCUAUUUUGGCUUUUGCAGCCAUAUAGAGACUUCAUUUAUGGUUUUAUUUGAUACAAACUUCCAAAAUAUCUUCAACAACAAUAAAUCUUGGAUUCCAUGACAAAUCAGAUCCAAUCAUAUGUUCCAGAGUUAUUUUAUAUUUGAUUACUUCCCCUGAUUGUAAUCAAAAUGGAUUUAUAUCAGUAAGUACUUAAGGACUUAUUUGAAAUUUCAUUAUUGUUAUUAGUUGGACUGACACAAUCAGGGUAGAUAACUAUGGACUGAUUUUAUGUCAAAUUACCUCCCUUUAUUUCAAAUUAAAUUUGUUAUAUCUCCAUAACUAAUGAAGAUACUGAUCUGAAAUUUCAUUUAUGUCAACAGAUUUAUUUGGCAGAUCCUUCUUUUGUCCACUUACAAUAUUUUUUUUUUUAAUUACUUCCCUUUUACGUUACUAUAAAUAGCUUAUUUUAGUAACAUUUUUAUUAUUGGCCGUAGGGAAAACACAAGACCAGUUUUCUGUGGUACAACAUGGAUGGUACCUCCAAUUUUUAGGUGUAUUUUAACAUAUCUAUACCUUGUAAGAUUUUUUUUUCUUUUUGGUUAAAUUCCUUCCCUUUGUUGUUCCUGUCCUUUGUACUUAGAUAUUUUUUCUGUGGACUUUCUUGUCCUCAAGUGCAGUGAUAACAGGUGAGCGAUAUAGGGCCAUCAUGGCCCUCUUGUAUGAUAGUGUAGUUAGUAGCCGUCACUUCCCUGGUUAUAUGCAUACUGUAUCUGUGUAUCUGACUCGUGUCACCAGCAUUGGAGAACAGUACAAAUACUGAGAUACUAUGAAAUCUAGACUCCAAUUGCAUCAACAUUCAUUGUUUGGGCUAGAACGGGUAUUGCACAUCUGAAAUUGUGGAUUGAAAGGUUAAAUGGUAGGAUGAAUGGGAAUUAUGUCUACAACACCACUGUGGUGGGAGACAUAUUGAUUUACUCCUGUCUGUGUGUCUGUCACAAAUCUUUACCGCACUCUUUAAGUUGAACAUCUCUCAUGCAAUCUUCACCAAACUUGAACAAAAUGUGUUUGCUAAUUAGGCCUCGGCCAAGUUCGAUAACUAGCCAAAUCGGCCCAGGCACUUCAGAAUUAUGGCCCCUGAAUUACCGAUAGGCUGUUUACUCCAAAACUUAUCCGAUAGGCCGCUUACUUCAAAACUUACUCCAAAACUGUCAAAGGUAUAUUUUCUGUGAGUAAACAGUAUAUAAAAGACUUACUAUUCAGAUGAUUAGGCAGUUGCGGGAGACAUGCACUUUUCUCAAAAGCAGCUCUAGUUUUAUUUGUGUAAGCAAACUAAAAUUUAUGAGCUCAAGUUGCCCUGAGUCCCCCUGACAGAUCAGGAUGGCCCAGACAGAUAAGAGUAGAGACGUCCUGGUAGGUGUUUUGAUACAUUUUACCAAUAAUUUGAUGGUUUAUAAGAUGCUAUUUAUCUUAUAUUUGUUUAUUUUAUGUCUAGUGCUAAUUUUAUUGUUGUAAAGUUGAUGUGUCAUUGAAAAUUACACCGAAAAGGACUGUAUUUAUGAAACAAAAUUUAUAUUUUGAAUUUACUUUAGAAAAUGAAGUAAAUAAAGUAAAUCAUA